UUUAUCUUGUAUUUGGUUGGGCCAAGCUCUCCAGGACCAAGGACAGUUCCAUAAAGAAAGAUAAACAGUCCAACCAACCUGAAGCUGGCUGCUGGCUGAAUGUGCAAGCCCCCUCAAACAUUAUUACAGUAAGCAAUAGCAAGACUUUAAUGUUCCAGCCAGCUUUUAUCAGUCUAAUUAGAAAACUUUGUACUGUGUACUGAAAAACAUAAAUUCCAGAUGCUGGCAGGCUAAACUUUGAUUCUUCAAAAUCACUCCUCUGAUUUUACUCUAUGCUUUCUGUCUUUCCUGCUUAAUCUUUUGUGGAAUCAGAAGGUGCCUUAGGUAAAAUCAAGUCUCAGGUUUUGGAAAACGUGGAAGAGGAAGAAGUCUGAGGAGUAAGGAGUAAAACAGUACAGGGAUAUAUUUUUUUUGCUCCAACUGUAUUACUAUCCUAAACAGCCUAGAAUUUUAAUCCAAUCCCACUCCAACAUCAAGUCUGAUAUUUAAUUUGAAAGCAAAAGGAGCAGGAGGCACUUCAAAAGCUAGUCCCUAAGGAAAUAACUUCCAACUGCAAUGUUUAAGAAUAGCGAGUCUGACCUCCACAUUUCAUUUCAAGCAGUAGAAGGAAGCUCUGUGUAUCUUCGCUGUUCUUUCUCCUUCCUCCAACGGAUUUCUCAGCACUGAAAGCCAAAAUAAUUCUGCAAACAGCCUCUGCAAAAUGCCUAUGAAUAAGCAAGGCACACAUAAGGACUCAGAACUGAGAGUGGACAAAGAGAGCUUUCUAUCUGUUCAAAAAGAUGCAGCCUGCCAUUUCCUGUUUCUCAGCCAGCCUAGCUCGGCAAGCUAAUUCUCCAUGCUUUCCUCAGCAACAGGGACAGAGUGAGAGGGAGGGAAAAGAAGAGACAUGAAAAUCAAGAGCCUUACAGCUGCCUGCCUAAUGGAGCUCUGACUAUUGCUUGUUUGCGUUACCGCCUACAUGUAUUAAAAGGUAUCGUCUACAGUCUUUAGUGCUGACUUGCUCCGAUGCAGUUGACCAGAAAGGCAGUGAGAUUCAAGAGGGCUCAUCAUUAUCAUAUCUAACAUUGCAGAACAAGACAAGAACUGAUUAAAGCUGGUCCAGAAUGAAAGAAGAAAUGGAAACAGUCAUGACAGAAAAUGGAUCUCUUCUCCAGUUUUACAUGGAAAGAAAGAUUCCCGAAAAAGGGAGCAAAAUAGCAGUUAUCAAAAAUCAGCUAAGAAAAAAAUGUUCCUGCAGCAUAAAAACAACGAAAAAAGCCAUUCUGGAUUUCUUCCCUGUUUUACAAUGGCUUCCCAAAUACAACUGCAAAGAAUACAUCUGGGGAGAUGUUAUGUCGGGAUUGAUCAUUGGGAUCAUUUUAGUUCCUCAAGCAAUCGCCUAUUCUUUGUUGGCUGGCUUGAAGCCAAUUUAUAGUCUUUACACCUCGUUCUUUGCCAACAUCAUCUAUUUUCUCAUGGGCACCUCCAGACACGUGUCUGUGGGCAUUUUCAGUUUAUUAAGCUUAAUGGUUGGACAGGUUGUGGAUCGAGAAUUGCUGCUGGCAGGAUUCAACCUGAAUGAUGACCCACAAGAUGUUGGUGACCAGGCCCAUUUGAACUUCACGGUCUACAAUUUGACAAACAAUGAAUGUGGGAAAGAAUGCUAUGCUAUUGGAGUAGCUACAGCACUGACCUUCAUGGCUGGAGUUUAUCAGGUCCUGAUGGGAAUUUUUCACCUUGGGUUUGUAUCCGUGUAUCUUUCUGAACCGGUGCUGGAUGGAUUUGCCACUGGUGCUUCAUUAACUAUUUUAACAGCUCAAGUUAAAUACCUCAUUGGAAUAAAAAUCCCGCGUGCCCAGGGAUAUGGGCUCUUGAUUACCACUUGGGCUAACGUUUUUCAGAAUGUUUCUCAAGCAAAUCUAUGUGAUGUGAUCACCAGCGCUAUCUGCAUUGCCGUACUGGUCACUGCGAAGGAACUAGGAGAUAAGUACAAACACAAGCUCAGGAUCCCUUUCCCCACAGAGCUGGUGGUAAUUGUGAUUGCCACCCUGGUGUCCCAUUAUGGGAAACUGAAAGAAGUUUAUGCGUCCAGCGUAUCGGGUGAAAUUCCGACUGGAUUUAUACCACCUAAAGUGCCCAGCUUCCACCUUAUGCAAAGAGUUGCUGUCGAUGCUCUCCCACUCGCCAUCGUUGGCUUUGCUUUUACCGUUUCGCUCUCCGAAAUGUUUGCCAAGAAGUAUGCCUAUACUGUCAAGGCCAAUCAGGAAAUGUUUGCCAUUGGCUUCUGUAAUAUCAUUCCAGCUUUCUUCCACUGCUUCGCUACCAGCGCAGCUCUAGCUAAGACCCUGGUCAAAACGUCCACCGGGUGCCAGACCCAGGUAUCCAGCAUUGUGAGUGCUGUGGUUGUAUUGCUUGUGCUGCUAUUCUUCGCUCCCCUCUUCUACAACCUACAGAAAUGUGUUUUGGCUUGCAUCAUAAUAGUGAGUCUAAGAGGAGCCCUUAGAAAAUUCAAAGAUAUUCCUCAACGCUACCGCCUGGACAAAGUAGAUGCCUUGGUUUGGUGUGUUACCAUGCUCUCAUCUGCUCUGAUCAGCACAGAAAUGGGAUUGUUGGUGGGUGCUAUUUUCUCAGUCUUCAGCAUUAUCGGCCGCACCCAGUGCCCACAUGCCGCCUUGUUAGGGCAAAUCGGGAACAGUGUCUUCUAUGAAGAUGACGAAGAAUAUAAAGACCUUCUCCCAGUUCCGAAGAUCAAAAUCUUCCGUUUUGAAGCACCACUUUAUUAUGCAAAUAAGGACUUCUUCCUAAAGUGCCUCCACAACAGGACAGGGCUGAAUCCUGCACUUGAAGUUGCCAAAAGGAAAAAGUCCAGGAGGAAAGGGCAACAUCUGGAUAAUAAAUUAGGACAGAAAGAAAUGUCACCAUGCUUGGUUCCAGAAGAUGGUGACUUUCAUACAAUCAUCAUCGACUGCUCUUCUAUUCCAUUUUUGGACACAGCUGGGGUGAGCGCAUUAAAAGAAACAUUCAAAGACUAUCGGGAGCUGGAGAUCAGCAUACAUUUGGCUUGUUGUAAUCCUUCAGUGAUAUCUUCCCUGGAAAAAGGAGGCUAUUUUAAGGGUACAGAAAAAGACAUGCAUAAAUUGCUGUUUCAUAGUAUAUCUAGUGCUGUCCAGUUUGUAAGAGAGAGGGAAAUUGCAACAGAUGACUCUGUGGUUUAAUCCAGUAAUUGGCAGUUUGGAGAUUUUGUGUUCAUCAUAGACAGAUUGUGGUUUCAACAUGCUUGGACCUGAGUGCUUCUUUGAGUCCCCUUUGGUAACAUGGAACACAUCCCCAAAGCCUUUAGCUAAGUACUGUAACCCCCAAAUGAAAUCUUUAUCAAAUAAAGUUAAUCUAUUGUUCAGUUUAACUAUAUACAAAAUCAGUUUUGUUCUAACUCUGGUCAAUGGAUAGUGUUUUGACUCCUGCCAUGGGCUCUUGUGUUCCUCAUCCUGUUCUUCAUUUAAAGGAAGGAGACCAAAAGCUUCCAUCCUCAGCAUUGAAAAAAGGAAUGUUUGCCAUUAUGUUCAAUCUCAAGGAAAUGUGACUUAUGUCAAGUGUUUCUGUAAACAAAUAAGGUUCAAGGUGUUGUUUCCCACCAUAAUUUGUUAACUUGCUGCAACUCAUUUUUGUAACCCUAAGCCAUUAUUUAGCAAUAUAUCUGCCUCAAGAUAU